ACUAGAACAGAUUAUUCCUUCAGCUUUUCUCAUUUUGCAUGAUCAGACUUUUUUCUUUUCUAAGCUAACCGAACUAUUGAAACCCUCUCCUUUGCCUUCGCCUCUCGGCAAUCAAGGAAUGUUGAUCAUCAAAAGUUAGUUGCAUAUAAAUUGCAUGAUGAGUGAGUCUGCGGAAAGCAACUUGAACACGAACACGAUGAAGAAUGUUGGAAUCAGUGAUUAUUUAUCAAUUUUUAAAGAUAAUGGAACAUAUGGGGUCACUUGUGCUGUCAUUGUUGCCAUAGUUACACCUAUACUACUUUCCCUGGUACUUCAAGGGAGAAAAAAGUUGAAGCAGAGAGGAGUUCCAGUUCAAGUUGGUGGUGAGGCUGGCUUUGCGGUGCGCAAUGCUAGAUUCCCCAAAUUAGUCGAGGUUCCUUGGGAAGGGGCCACAACCAUGGCAGCACUGUUUGAACAGUCAUGUAAAAGAUAUUCACAACAAAACUUUCUUGGGACUAGAAAGGUUAUUGCUAAGGAUCUUGUUACAUCUAGUGACGGGAGAAAAUUUGAGAAGCUUCACUUGGGAGAGUACCAGUGGGAAACUUAUCGACAGAUAUUUGAUCGUGCAUGCAACUUUGCAUCUGGUCUUCUUAAAUUAGGUCAUGACGUGGAUACCCGUGCUGCCAUUUUUUCUGAAACCCGAGCAGAGUGGCUCAUUGCAUUCCAGGCAUGCUUCCGGCAGAACAUCACCGUUGUUACCAUUUAUGCAUCUUUAGGAGAUGAUGCCCUAAUUCACUCAUUAAAUGAGACUCAAGUUACAACCCUGAUUUGUGAUUCCAAGCAACUGAAGAAGUUGGCUGCCCUAAGUUCAAGCCUGACUACCCUUAGAAACAUUAUCUAUUUUGAUGAUGAGGACUCUUCCAGUGGUUCCACUGUUACUCAAGAAAGCGGUAACUGGCAAGUUUCCUCUUUCUCGGAGGUGGAGAAGCUUGGAAGAAAUAAUCCCGCUCAGCCUAAUCUGCCAAUCAAGAAAGACAUUGCUGUGAUAAUGUACACAAGUGGCAGCACAGGCCUCCCAAAGGGUGUUAUGAUGACUCAUGGCAAUAUUGUGGCCACUGCGGCAGCAGUUAUGACUGUGAUCCCGAGCAUUGGAAGAAAGGAUGUCUACUUAGCAUACUUGCCUCUAGCUCAUGUAUUCGAACUAGCUGCUGAGACUGUCAUGUUAACUGCGGGUGCUGCAAUUGGUUAUGGCUCGGCACUGACGUUGACAGACACAUCCAACAAAAUAAAAAAAGGAACCAAGGGAGAUGCCUCUGUGUUAAAGCCUACGUUGAUGGCAGCUGUUCCCGCUAUACUUGACCGUGUCAGAGAUGGUGUUGUGAAGAAGGUUGAGGAGAAAGGAGGUAUUGUUAAGAAACUUUUCAAGAUUGCUUACAGUCGCCGGCUGGUGGCAAUUGAAGGAAGCUGGUUUGGGGCAUGGGGAGUAGAAGCUCUGUUGUGGGAUAUAGUUGUUUUUAAAAAGAUAAGGUCUAUCCUUGGAGGAGAAAUUCGAUUCAUGCUUUGUGGUGGAGCUCCUUUAUCUGGAGAUACACAAAGAUUUAUCAACAUUUGCAUGGGGGCUCCCAUUGGUCAAGGAUAUGGCCUGACAGAAACAUGUGCUGGUGCUGCAUUUUCAGAGUGGGAUGACAUUUCUGUUGGGCGUGUUGGUCCUCCUCUUCCUUCUUGCUACAUCAAGCUUGUUUCUUGGGAAGAAGGUGGUUACACAAUAUCUGAUAAGCCUAUGCCACGAGGAGAGGUUGUUGUUGGUGGGGCCAGUGUGACUGCUGGUUACUUCAGUAAUGAUGCCAAAACUGCAGAAGUGUACAAGGUUGAUGAAAAAGGCAUGCAUUGGUUCUAUACUGGUGAUAUUGGAAGGUUUCACCCAGAUGGAUGCCUCGAGAUUAUCGACAGGAAGAAGGAUAUUGUGAAGCUUCAACACGGGGAAUACAUCUCGCUUGGCAAGGUUGAGGCUGCACUUGUUUCGAGCAAGUAUGUAGAAAACAUCAUGGUCUAUGCAGAUCCAUACCACAACUUUUGUGUUGCUCUAGUUGUGCCUGCACGUCAGACCCUUGAAGGAUGGGCCAAAGAAUCUGGAAUUAAGUACAAUGACUUCCCAGAGUUGUGUGAGAAAGCAGAAGCUAAAAAUGAGGUCCAACAGUCACUUCUCAAGGAAGCAAAAGCAGCAAAACUGGACAAGUUCGAAAUCCCAGCAAAGAUCAAGUUGCUGCCGGAUCCCUGGACUCCAGAAUCUGGGCUGGUGACUGCCGCUCUCAAACUAAAAAGGGAGCAAUUGAAGGCCAAGUUUAAGGAUGAGCUCGACAAGUUGUACAAGUGAAAAACACUUCCUCCAGAUGUUAAAAAUAAUCCUCCCAUCAAUCUUUUCUGCUCAACUUUUGACACAGUUUUCCUUCCGUAGAUUAAUCAUCUUCCUCUGCUGCGUGUUUACAAGAUUAAGACCCUCGUCACUAAAUUUUAAUUCAAUAAUGGCAAUAACUUGUGGGAAUAUAGGGAAUGCA